UCGUGGUGAUUACCCUUUGGCGGAAUUUUCACCGAUAUUUUGUUUUUGUUGGAACGUUCUCUCGUAUCUCCAUCCUCCAUUGUCAACAUUGUGUUCGUCUGUGUAGCAUGAUUUUAACGAAGUACCUCCACCCCUACAAACAGAUCCUGGAUGUUUGUCGAGAAGUAGUGAAAUUCAAUGCCGGCGGAUUUUUUCCCCUCUCCUUUCCGAUCGCAUCCAAGGCUUUAUGUAUGCCCUAAAUGCCUAGAAUAAAGAGGACGCCCAAUACUUCGCAUGUGAUGCAUUUGUCAAAGAAUAGGAUAAUUCAAUUAACAUGGGAAAUAAGCAAACGAUAUUUACUGAUGAACAGCUGGACGCCUAUCAGGACUGCACUUUUUUCACACGCAAAGAAAUCCUUCGGUUACAUGGACGAUAUCACGAACUGGCUCCGCAUUUGGUACCAAUGGACUACACUGACGAGCCGGACGUCACGCUACCCUUAGCCCUGAUAGUCAACAUGCCAGAGCUGAAGGAGAACCCCUUCAGAACCCGGAUUGUGGAGUCCUUCUCCGAGGACGGUAUGGGGAACCAGAGCUUUAACGACUUCGUGGACAUGUUUUCUGUGCUCAGUGAAAUGGCACCCAGAGAACUGAAAGCCAUCUAUGCUUUUAAAAUAUAUGACUACAACACCGAUAACUACCUCUGCAAAGAGGAUCUGGAGAAAACGUUGAACAAGUUGACCAGGGAGGAACUGACGGCUGAAGAGGUGAAUCUGGUGUGCGAAAAGACCAUUGAGGAGGCAGACUUGGAUGGCGACAACAAGCUGUCCUUCCCUGAUUUUGAGAACAUGAUCACGCGAGCACCUGACUUCCUAAGCACCUUCCACAUUCGAAUCUGACAGUGCUCACCAUCAACACAUGUAUACCUUCGCUGGGACCGUGGGCUGACCACGCUCAUCGACCAAAUGGCGGGAAAGAUUCUCUCUCUAACUCUAAAGCCGGGAAUAAUUGUCUUGGCUUUUUUUGUCAUCGUUUUUAGAGGGAAGUGCUAUUUUCAUCUUUAUUCCGGAGGAGUAAACAAACGAGUGCAUGGUCUCCCCAGCCCUCCACCUCACCAUAGAAUAACACAGCUCCAUGGGCUGCUGGAGUGCACCUUUGGAAAAAAAUGAGAAAGGCAAGCUCUCUGUUUAUUUGGAUACUUCCUGUUGGCACACUUCUGUGUCUCCAGAUUGUUGUAGCAGCUUGUGAUCUGCAGCUGCAGGGCUUUUUCUUAUUAUGUGUUUUUUACACACAGAUGUGCUCAUGUGUCAAGGAAUUUAGGAAGAGAAUUUAAAGCAAAAAAAAGCACUGCUUUGGCACCAAGGAUGUGAAGGUAGAUUUAUUUUCUAUCAGCUAUGCAAUGUUUCUCUAUUACGGUGCAUGGAUGCAAACUGUUAAUCACAAAUUUGCUUCAUGUAUUGUUUUAAUUCCAGUACUGGAGCAUGACGACAAUCAUAUCUUCCAAAACCUUCUCCAGUUUAAACAAGGGCUCUCUUAUUUUCAACCUAUCCAGUGUGUCCCCCAACUUUCCCCAGUCUCUGUCCUAUCCAGUGUGUCCCCCAACUUUCCCCAGGUUUUAAUACCCGUUUUCCUUCAGAUGCUAGCGUCAA